GAGCCCAGAUUGCUGGGGGCUGUUGUCCGACUUCGACCCGAGCCGCAGAUCAGUGACUAGUGGGCCGUUGGAUCGAUCGCACGCAAUCCGGAAUCUAGAACCCGAGAUGAGUUUCAGUCUAAGCUUCCGGCCGCCACUCCGCCUGCUGGUGGACAUUGUCCUGCUGGGCCUGGUGCUCGUCCUGGUGGAGAACUUCGCCCGCUUCUGGGGGCCGCCCACGAAGCGCGGCUUCUUCUGCGACGACGAGUCCUUGAUGUACCCCUACCACGAGAACACCGUGAGCCCCGCCCUGCUGCACUGGCUGGGCCUGUACCUCCCGCUGAUCGGUCUUGUCGUCCUGGAGAGUUUCCUCUGCUACCGUGGGGACACGUCCUACUGGCAGGUGUUCAACACGGCGCGCUGGUUUCUCUACGGCUACGCUUUUAACGACCUACUCAAGAGCAUUGGCAAGCACACUAUCGGCCGACUGAGGCCCCACUUCUUCGCGGUGUGCAGUCCGCGUUUCCCGGACGGGAGCAGCUGCUCCGAUGAGGCGCACCGCGGAGUCCUGAAAUACCAGACGGACUACGACUGCCGGCCCGAUCUGUCCGGAGCCAGCGAGGAGAUGAUCCGGGACGUCCGCGUGUCCUUCCCCAGCGGCCACUCCGCCAUGGCCUUCUACGGCCUGGUCUUCGUGGCGCUGCUCCUGCGACACCGCCGCUGGCCCCUGCCAGGAUCCCUGCUGGGCCCCGUGCUCCAGCUGGCCUGCGUGUGCCUGGCCUGGUUCGUGGCCCUCAGCCGGGUCAUGGACUACAAGCACCACUGGUCGGAUGUUGCGGCCGGAUCGCUGCUGGGGGCCGGCACCGCCUUUGCGGUCAUCCGGGCUGCCGCGCUGGAGGAGCAGCGAAGGAGGUGCCAGGAUGCGCAGGCGAGUGUGAAGCAGGAGGCUGCGGCGCCCUCGGCCACCGCAGCCAAGGGUGUCCAGCAGAUGCCGCAUGACUUGUGUCUGGUUUCGUGCCAGAGCUCUAAUUAGUCGGUGCCCUCUGGCACUGCAGUGCUGUUAGUUUAAGGUUGACAAUAAAGUUAGUGACAAGGGAA